UCUAAAAAGCAAGAGACCGAAAAAAGAGCUAUCGAUUUCUCAAAGUGAAGCGCACAAUGUGUACAGAAAGAAAAAACGUAUUGCAGACAGGAUUGAUCUAAUGUCAUCGGAGAAGAGCCUCAAUCCGAUGGUUUUGCUAUAUCUUGAUGGACAUGGAACGGUUAAAGCUGCUGGAACGCCCGGCCUUCGUCGAGAAAUCUUGAAUAUUUCCCGAGAUGCCAUGUGCAAAUAUGUUGAAGACAAUUCUUUGAUUACAACUGACUCCCCAAAAAGCUGUGAAGACGUUUAUCAAGUGCAGGAGAUACGCUCUGAUCUUGUUGAUCCUGAUGCUUUGGAAGAAAUAAAACAAGGGACUUGGUCGUGCAAAGAGCUACGGAAACUGGUUUUAAAUAUGGUUCUCCCAAGAACAGCUGACAUCGACAAGAAAGGAAAACGGAAGUGGAAAGUGGCUAGAGUGAGAGACUUUUGGCUUAAAGCAGAGAAACCGUUGUUUUGGCCUCCUCACAUCCCAUUUGUUUCGCCAUCUGCCAGGAUUAAUCAACCUUCAGAGGAUGAUUACGAUGAAGAAGAAUUUGAUGAUAAAACAGAACGCUCGAGAAAAAUUUUAAAUAAGAAAGAACUGAUAGAGAUCGCUCUAUCGUAUGGAGAAUACGUUCAUGAAUUUACUGGAAAUGAAAAAAAUGAAGAGACAACACAAUCAUUUGGUCAAGGAAGACAAGAGAAAACUAAUCGAGAUGCGAAUGUUGGAAAAGAUACGUAUACAAGCGAAGAAGAUAAAAGAAGUGAUGAGAGCGAGAAAAGAGAAGAUUUCGAAAACAAAUUUGAUAACGAAGCUGCAUUAAAUAACAUAAAAGAGGAUGAAAGGGUAAAUGAACGUCCAGGAAAUUACAAAAAACAGCGUACCAAAAAUGAACGUUUUUUUCUAUACCCAUCAGGAAGAGGAUACACAAUUAGUGAAUUUACAACAGAUGAGAGACAUGUACGAAAAAAGAGAAAUAGCUUGUAUUGUUCGCGCAAUGUUAAAAGACCCCCUAAAAUAUGUUGAAACAGCCUACGAAUUGUUGGACUUAGCUGAUACACAUCAACAUCCUAUUACGAAAAAUUUAAAGUAUGAAAUGCUAAUGUUUAUUGACUGAUUGAACGGUUCUAAUCUAAAUGACAAUUUGUUGAU